CUCAGUCAUAAGCCGACCUUACGCAGGUUAAGCCAUCGCUCUAACGCUCACGCAUUAGCAAUUGUUGCUUAAAUUUUUGUGAUUGGUGGCUUUUGUUUCCGUUUGCGAUUCGGGUUAAUUUGUUUGGAAAGUGGGCACAACCGUGCUUUUAUUUCCGCUGCACAAUUUUCGCAAGAAAUUAUAAAUUACGCAAAAAAGAAACAAAAUUAUAAAUAAACAGCAACAGCAGCUCAAACGUUAAUUAUACUAGCACGCUGAUCAGUACGCGCGCAAAACUAUCCCUCUCUCUUGAGUCCCUCUCUCUUUGAGUCUGCUCGUAUGCGUGUGUGCGCGCGCGCAACGGUAAAUUUGCGAAAAACGAAUUAGAAAAACAGAGUAGCGACAAUAAGAGCGGCAUUUGCGUUAGUUGGUGACAGCAAAAGGAGUGCGAAAAAGAUUAAAAUUGUUUAAUUUGUUGCUGAUUGCUGUUUUGCUGUAAUUGGGGAGCGACUUUUAAGUCAUUUUAUGCUGCCGCGACAUAAACAUUAAAAACAACAACAGCAGCAGCAGCUGCAAUAAAAACAAACAGCUGCAGUUGGCGCUUGCAGUUUAUUUCUCUUCAUUUUGCUUUAUGGUUUGCAUUUUUGCAUGACUGCUAAAAAACAAGAAAAAUAAAAGCAACAACAGUAACAAAUUAGUGCACAAAAUGCCGCCGUUUAAUUUCAUUAAGCAGGAGGUACGUCCGGAUACAAUACCCGACUUAAAAGUGGAUGCCACAUUUCGCAAGGUGCCAAAGCAUGCGAUAAGCUUUGCGCUGUGGAAAAUUGACGAGGAUCGACUGGAGGCGGUAGCCCGGCCACAAUAUGGCACCUUCUAUGACAGUUGCGCCUACAUCAUAUAUGCGGCCAAUCUAGUGGGCCACUAUGCCACUCACGAGACAAUCACUCGAGAGCAGAAACCGAAUGUGCCGCUGGAGCGCUAUAUACACUAUUGGCUGGGCAGCCAGGUCUCCGAACAGAAUCGCUCCAAUGUGGUGCACAAGAUCCAAGAGCUCGACUCCUAUCUGGGCAACGUGGCAUCGAUUUAUAGAGAGUCCCAGCAUCAUGAGAGCGCACGCUUCUUAUCCUACUUCAAGAAUGGCUACGACGUGCUCUGCGGCGCUUUGCUGAAUGCGCCUCAGCAGACGCGUCUCUUUCAGCUGUACGGCCGCAAAUGGCUGCGCGCCAUUGAGCUGUCGAGCGUGGAUUGGACGCACUUCAAUUCGGACUACAUUAUGGUGCUGCUAAUGGAAGCCAUGACGUUCGUGUGGAUUGGACGUUCCAGUGCGGCCAUUGAGCGACGCAGCGCUUUGGCCUGGGUGCAGCGACAGCAGCGCAAGGAUGUCCCGCUCUGUGUGGUGGACGAUGGCUAUGAGCAGUCGAUGAGUGCCGAGCAGAAGGAGCUGUGGAACAAGGUGUUGCCGCUGCAACAGCGCAGGGUCUAUCAGGCGCAUCAUACAGGCAGCGACUAUGACUCCAGCAAUAGCAGCAGCAGCAGCAGCAGCAACAUCAGCAACGGCAGCAGCAAGAACGAUGCCAACAAGUUUCGCAUCUACAAAUGCAAUCAACGCGGACGACUGCAUCUGGAUCAGCUAGACGUGGGCAUGCCCAGCAAGGACGAUCUAAGCGAUGCGAAUGGCGUCUAUUUGCUGGACAAUUUCGGGCAGAGCGUUUGGCUGUGGGUGGGCGCCCAGGCCACCCAAGCGGAUGCGCUCACUGCCAUGGGCAAUGGUCGCGCCUUUGUCAAGAAGAAGAAGUAUGCGAAUAGCACGCUGGUGGUGCGCGUACUAGAGGGUCGUGAGCCGGUCGAGUUUAAGCGGCUCUUCGGCAACUGGCUGACCGUUUGGCAGGACAACACGCGCGGCCACAAGCCCGUCUCCACCAAGUUUGGCAAACUGGAUGCCGUUCUGCUUGGCGAACGUCCCAAAAUGGCAGCCGACACGCAGCUGGUCGACGACGGACGCGGCGAACGCAUCGUCUAUCGCAUCUGCGGCGACGAGCUCGAGGAGCUGCCGGCCGCCAAAGCCAUGGUGUUCACCACCAACGCCUCCUAUGUGGUCAACUAUACGGUGCAGUGCGCGACUGUUGUGCCCGCUGAUCUGGCCUCUGUGGGCAUUAAGUGCAUCAUCUAUCAGUGGAAUGGCUCCGAGGCGUCAGCCGAGACAAUAGCGAAGGCCGACAGCUAUGCCAUGGCCAGCUUCGAGUCGCUUAAAGAGCCCGGCAUGUUCGUGCAGCUGUACGAGUUCGACGAGACGCCACACUUUUUGCAACUGUUCGGGGGCAAACUGAUUAUCAUGCGUGGUCAGCGCAGUGAGCUGUUGCACUCGAAUAACAAUCUGAACUGGGACUUCAAGACGAACAUCAUGCUGGAGACGUUUCUGCUGAAGAUCUACGGGGAUGCCAGCUACAAUGGCAAGGCCGUCGAGGAGCAUCCGUUGUCAUCGAUUAGCUCGAAGGACUGCUAUGCCAUCAAGACGAAUCACGUGUGGGUCUGGUGUGGUCAGAGCAGCACGGGCGAUGCUCGUGAAAUGGCCAAGUCUGUGGGCGCACUGCUCGGCGAGAGCUCGCUGGUGCUGGAGGGCAAGGAGAGCAAGGAGUUCUGGCAAUCGGUGUCGAUGUAUUUCAAUCAGACGCUGGUCAUCAAUGGCCAGUCGUGCUCCAGCAGCACCACCAGCAGCAGCAGCAGCGGCGCCGGCAGCAUGUGCAACGGCAGCAAUGGCAAUGGCAAUGGCAACGGCAAUGGCACUGGCAACAUCUCCCCGACACUGAGCAACAAUUGCUAUUUGAAUACCACGGUGCCCAUCAAGCCACGACCGCCGGUGCAGCUCUUCCUGGUGUGGUGGGAACAAAGGCAUUUGCGCUGCGAGGAAAUACUGGGCUUUGAGCAGCAGGAUCUCAGCGCCGACUGCACAUACAUACUGGACACGGGCACCCUGGCCUAUGUGUGGCUGGGCGAGCAUGCGGUCCGCCAGGAGCGUGAGCGUUACACAACCGUUGCCACGAGCUAUGUGCAGAAUGCGCCAUUCGGAAGACGCGCAGCCACAGCGCUGGCUGUGGUGCGACAGCACGCGGAGCCGAAUGUGUUCAAGGGUUUCUUUGAGACCUGGGACAAUAAGCUGGGCAAGGGCUUUGUCAGCUACGAGCAAAUACGCCAGCAACUGGGCACCAUAGCGCCCAGUAAUGGGCUAAAGGAAGGCUCCGCCCUAUUGCUAAACAACAACCAAAAGGAUUUCGAUGGGCACAAGAAAUAUCCAUUGCCCGUGCUGGUGCAGGAAAUGGACAUGUUGCCACCCGAAAUCAAUCCGCUCAGGCGCGAAGUACACCUCACGCAUGACGAUUUCGUGUCCGUCUUCAAAAUGUCCUUCUAUGAAUUCGAUGAGCUGCCCAAAUGGAAAAAGCAGGAACUAAAAAAACUUUAUAAAUUAUUUUAAGCAAACAACUUUAUAUUGUUUUAGAAUACACCAACACUAACACGUUUACACAUACCCUGUAAAUAGUACAUUUUAAUU